AUGGGUAAGAGCAAAAGCAUAGGAAGGACAAGGCUUGACAAGUACUACAAUCUUGCAAAAGAGAAGGGAUACAGAGCAAGAUCUGCAUUCAAGCUUCUUCAAAUGAACAGGAAGUAUGCAUUUCUCAAGAAUGCACAUGUUCUUAUCGACUUAUGUGCAGCCCCAGGAUCGUGGUCCCAAGUGGCAGCUCAGGAAAUGCCUCUUCGCCGAAAGAUAGUUGCCGUUGAUUUGGAACCUAUAAAGUUCAUUGGAGACGUUGACACGAUUGUUGAAGACAUCACGUCUGACGAAUGCCGGCUCAAGCUACGGGAGAUACUUGGAGCCCAGAAGGCCGAUGUUGUACUUCAUGACGGGGCACCGAAUGUAGGAACUUCGUGGGAAAAUGAUGCAUUCAACCAGAACCUGCUUGCGUUGCAUUCAACCAAGCUUGCAUCCGAAUUUCUGAAGAGAGGUGGUGUGUUUAUUACAAAGGUGUUCCGAUCGCAAGACUACUUUUCACUACACAACAUUUUAUCACAGCUUUUUGAAACUGUUGAGACCUCAAAGCCUCUUAGCUCCCGAAGUCAGAGUGCAGAAAUCUUUCUUGUUUGCCUUGGGUUUAUUGGAGAAGAGAAUGUCGAUUACUCGCUUCUUGAACCUUCUGCCGUGUUUACAGAGACGAAGGAUGCCGGAGGAUAUGAUGAUUUCAACUUCUGCAAGAAAUUGAAGUUCACUGAAUUCUUAAAGGAAGAUGAUCCUGAUGUGCUGUCUGAGAUGCUUUCGAAGUAUUCCGAGAUUAUGGUCGACAUAGAUGAAAAGGAUAUACCCAAAGUUCUAGAACCUGAGUUUUUGGAUAUGUUCAGGGAUCUCCAAUUGCUUGGAAAAGGAGAUAUUAGGAAAGUGUUGAGAAAGAGGAGAAGGAUAAUCCAAGAUGUGCAGAAAGGAGUUAUUGAAGUCCCUGACCUAGAUUUUCUUAGAGACAAUGAGAAUGUGGAGGAAGCAGAAUUGAAGGAAAAGAGCUCGGAGGAGAAGAUAAAGGAAAUUCAAAUGCUGAUUGAGAAGAGAAAGAGAAAGAAUGAAAGAAAGGAAAGUAUACCAAAGAAUGAGAGGGGAAUUGAGUGCUUCUUUAAGGACUGUAUUUUUGAUAAACUGUCUAUGACAUGCGAGGAUGAGGAAGUGGUUGAAGAAAGAGAUGAGCAAAUGAUCGAAGUUAGCAGUUGCUCGGAUAGUCUAGAUCUUGAUGAAGAAGAGAUAAUGUGUGUUUCGAAGCUUAAGGAGAACCCCGAAAGAUUUGUAGAGGACACCAUUGAUAGAUAUAUUCGCGACCCCAAUGAAAAGCUUCCUAACUACCUUCGCGAAGAUCAAGAAUCCUUUUAUUCAAGGCCUCCGAAGGUAGAGGAGAGAAGACUCACAAAAAAGGAAAAGGAAGCCCUUAAUAGACGCAAGACAAGGGCAGAAAGAAGAGCCGAGAUGUUUAUGAAGAACGUAGUGAUAGAUGACUCUGAAGAAGAGGGUGUGGUAGCAAAGAAGAUUUAUAAGUCAUCCUUUAAGAAAACAAAGUCUAAGCCAAGGAUUGUGUUCCCAAAGAAGGGAAGAUGCGGAAUUCCUCGAGGAAAAGGAAGGAUUGUGGCAUUGGAUAAGAGAAUGAAGAAGGACAAAAGAAAAGGAAGGCAUUGA